GACAGCAUGUGGAGUCGAGGUCUUCUGCAGACGGUCAGAUCCAGCAGCAGACAGGCGGGCGUCCUCUUCGAUGUGGACGGCGUUUUGCUCCGCGGUCGUUCCGUUAUUCCUGCGGCGAGAAGAGCCUUCCGGAAGCUUCUGGACCGAGACAACAACUUCCUGUUUCCUGUCGUCUUCGUGACCAACGCAGGAAGCUGUCAGAGACACGACAAAGCCCAGCAGUUGUCCCGCCUCCUGGAGGUCCAGGUGUCUCCAGAGCAGGUGGUUCUGUCUCACAGUCCUCUGCAGACGUUGGAUGAUUUCCAUGAUAAAUGUGUUCUGGUGUCGGGUCAGGGCCCGGUGACCGAAAUCGCCAAAACGCUGGGCUUCCAGAAGGUUCUGAGUGUGGAUCAGCUGCGAGUCCAGCACCCCCUGCUGGACAUGGUGGACCACAACCGCAAACCUGACCUCUCUUCGUCCCCUCUGAAGACCUUUCCCAAAAUAGAAGCGAUCAUCCUGUUCGGAGAGCCAAUCAGAUGGGAGACUAACCUGCAGCUGCUGAUUGACGUGCUCCUGACCAAUGGGAGUCCAGGACGUGCGUACGAAGUCCCGCCUCCAGCCCAGCUACCCGUGCUCGCCUGUAACAUCGACCUCACCUGGAUGGCCGAGGCGCCGUCACCAAGGUUCGGUCACGGGGUGUUCCUGCUGUGUCUGGAGUCCGUCUACAGGAAGUUGGCGGGUCGUGAGCUGCAGUACGAGGCGCUGCUGGGAAAACCCAACCUGCUGACCUACCAGUACGCAGAGAAACUGCUCCGACUGCAGAACCACAACCACAAGAUCAGCACCAUCUACGCCAUUGGCGACAACCUGAUGACGGAUAUCUACGGUGCUAACCUGUACAACCGUUACCUGGGGCAGCAGCACGCCGCCAUGAUGACGCCCACUAAGCUCGUUGCCCAGGGAACGGGAAGUCAUGUGACGGAGGAGGCGCUGGUGUCAUCUGAGUGUCGCUCCAUACUGGUGUGCACAGGUGUCUACAACCCUCGCUCCCCUCCACCUGAGGACCUGCAGCUAGACCAGGACCUGGUGGAGCCGCAUCACCUGGUGGAGGACGUGGAGGCGGCCGUCGACCUGCUGCUGCAGCGCGAGAGCAUCUGACCUCUGAACGACCUUCAGGACCAGGGUCACAUGACCGCCACCCUGCAUGAUAUAGACCCGGGUGCAGAGAUGGCAAAAGUACACACAUCCUUUACUCAAGUAGAA